CACCCAACAGGCCACGAGCGGCGACGGUCAAUCCGGAUGUGCGAGAACCAACCCCAGAAGUCAACAUUGGUGUCCUGUGGCACACUGUGCUCAGGUAGUGUUCACCUGCUGCAGGUGGUGGCCGCUGAUAAUUAGAUUGCAGUACAUCUAACCUACUACGCAGUAAUGUUGACCCCAAAAUUUGAAGCUACUCAAGAUGAUAGUCAUCUAACUGUGAAAAUCUUUGCUCCAUACUCCCGAAUUUCUGAUGCAGAAAUAGACAUCGAUGGGAAGUCUUUCACAUUUUACUCGUCGCCAUAUUAUUUGCGACUCACAUUUUCAAGUAAGCUGGUUGACAGUGAACUUGAAAAGCACACGGCAACAUUUGAUGCAGAUAGUGGUGCAUUUGUGGUUGUGUGCGAAAAGGAAACUCCAGGCGAGCACUUUAGCAAUUUGGAUAUGCUGACUACUCUGUUGACACCACAUGGAGCUACUGGAGUAAAUAAACCCCUAAUUGAGGUGGUUGGUGAUGAUGGUGGUGAUGGUGAUGACGAGGAGGAGGAGGAGGGAGAUGAUGAAUUUAAUUGGAUUUAUGAACAAACACUACCAGAGGACAACCCAGUGACAGCAGGUCACAAAUAUGGUUUUGCUAAUAAUACCACGGGAGUCUUCACUACUCUUCAGGUUGCAGCCAGUUCUCAACUUGGCGUUGAGGAACGAGUGGUGGCCGCCUCUCGGAGUGAAUUGAAAGGUGUAGUGGAUGUUGUUGACCCAGACAACAAGUCUGUAUCCCAGAGAAGAGAAGAAAAGAUCACUCAAGAGCUGACUCUAUUUGAUGAAGAUCAUUACUUGGCUGACUACUUUGAAGUUGACACAGCUCAGCAGUGUGUCGAGUUCAUCCCUGAAUUCUACAGCAUUACCAGUGACGAAGUGGAGCUUAGUGAUGAAGACAAGGAGGACUUGUUAAAAUUGCCUCGUAAGGAACACCUUUUGGAUAAAGAAGCCAAGUCUGUGGUAUACCUGGAACUUGUGGAUAUUGUGUAUGCCUGGUGCUAUAAUCAUCGAGUCACCCUUGGAGAAAAUUGUGCAGAAUCUGCAUGGAAUGUUGCCAAGUUAAGCUCAACUCUGUCUUGGUUAGAUUCUUUCAACCACCUGAAAGAUGUUGCCAUCAACAGUGUGCGUCGAUCUCUCGUAUUCCCUUUAGUGAGAAAUUGGCUUCUAUCCGAGGAGGUUCUGAAAGAUACGUCACAGAUUCUGUCAUUAGGGCACAAGAAAGUUCUGAAGUGCUUAUUGGAAAUCCAGAGGUUCUUCAACCUUUCAGAACCAAGAUACUUACUCAACCAGUUGUACAUCACAGAUUAUUGUGUUUGGAUACAAAAAGUAAAAGAUAACAAGCUAAUGAGUCUUGCAGAUUCUUUGAAAAAGGUGAAAGUGAACAAGAGUGAUGUAUGCCUUGACUUGGAAGAUCUGGAAGUUGCUGCCCAUUAUGUUUUGGAAGAGGAAGAAAAUGAUGCUCUGUCAUCCACAGAAAACGUCAACAACUUGGUUACAGGCUUUGGUGGAUUGACCAUCAUUGAAAAUGGGGCAGCUUUAAAAGGGAAUGACAAUGAAGAGGCUCCAGUGCAGAGGGCUGCCCUUCUCUCAAACAGAGAAGGGUUAUCUCAUUUGAGUGAUAGCGAUUCUUCUAGUAGUGACAGUGAUAGUGAAGACACUGAUGACUCCCCAUCCUCAUCAGACAGCAGUGAUUCUAGUGAUGAUGAUGAUGAUUCAAGCGAAGAUUCGGAUAAAGAAUCGUCAUCAGAUUCUUCAGAUUUGGAUUCUGAUGAUGACACCUUAUCAGACAAUGAAGAUGAGUAAGAUUUGUACACAUAACUAUACCUCUAUAUUAGUUACUUCUUUACCCCUUGGAAUCAUUAUACUGUAGUUAAGCCUUUAUUCCGCCAUAUAAUUUGCUUGAAAUAUUAAUGGGCCUUAAAGUUUGUUCAAAUGGCAGGGUGUUAGCACUUUUGAAAAGCUAAGUAGAGCAUAUAAAUGUAAUUGAUGCUACUAAUGUUUAGACUUCCCCUUAAAAUUUGUGUAAAUAAAGGAUAAAUAGAACAAAAACAUCAUAAAUACAAAAUGGAUUUGAGAUUCAUUGCAAUAAAGUGGUAACUGAUGUCCAUAUUGGAAUGAAUAGUUACGAUCAUUAUUUCUAAUAUGUUGGAAAUGAUGGUUUCUUGCCAGAAGUACUUAUACAUACAGUUUCCAUAGACAAGUUGAUAAAUUGGAGAGAAAUUGAUUCUUCAUUAGCAGUACUGUAUGAGGAUAUGAUGGGCUUUUGAAUAUUUACCAGACUGCAUAGUUGGUGGCAGUGAGAAUGUGUACAGGGAAGAAUAGUAGUAUGGAAAACAAAUUUUCUUUGAAGAAGGUUAAAUGGGAACCUAAAGCAAACGGUUUAAUUUGCAGGUAAUGCAUAUCCAACAUGAAUUAUAUAUUUAAUACUUGUGCAGUCUGAAUGUUAAAUUUCUGGCAGACUCGUAAAAUACUGAUUACAGUACUGUAUUUCUAUUACAUUUUUUUCUUGUUAGGGACAGGGAGCCUGUACUUUGGCUUAUUGAGGUCUUUAUAGACCAACUGCUGACCUUUUCCAGGGUGCAGCUCACAAAGUUGCCCAACUCCCUGGUGCCUAUGUACUGUUUUUUAAUUUUUCAUUUAUUAUGCAUUCCUUACUCAUCUUGUGGGUGGUGGUGGUGGAAAGGAUAGAAAUACAUAAUGGGUUACCCCCACACUUCAUUUAGCCAAGCAAGUAACAAUCUGUGGGGAUAGUUAAAAAAAAAUUAUCGCACACAAUAAUUAUAUACAGUAAGUACACAUACACAUACUGUACACAUAUACAUUUAUCACUUGUCGUUUUAUACCAUGUGUGAUUUAGAAGUGGCCCACAGUAGUCCUAAAAGGCAGUUUACAUUUACACAGUGUCGAUUAAAGUUACUAGUCUUGCUCCACACCCACGCAACUGAGCGGCAGCUUUACAGUCGUGUGCAUGCUGGCCCUACAGUAAGCAAACUUCGGGUAUUUGGCUAAGAUUCUUGGCAAUACAUCAUUAUGAAUGAAGUACAGUACUAUACACAUUUCUUGAACACUAUUAAUGGUGUUUUCUCUGAAUUCUGUGGUGGUCUUUAUGAAUGCAGUAUUGUUUAUUGUUGUUGGCAUUAUUGUGGGGGCACUAAAUCUAAUGCCCUCACAUGAACAUAAUGGUAUGGUUUUCACUUUAGGUGUAAUGUUUAUUUUUUUAUAGAUAAAUGUUCUUAAUAUAGUUUAUGUACUUAUAAAGCAUUGUGCAGCUUUUGUUGGGGGUUCUACAUGCUAAUUUCACUACGCAACACAUAAGCAGUCACCAUUUGCAUUAAUAAGCAUGUGUGCAAAGGAAGAGGAUUUUCCAUAGCAGGAACAUGAGUUAGAAAUUAGGCAAGAAACAAUAGAUGUGCAGAAGUGGGAAAAAAUAAAAGGAGGGGGGUGGGGAGGAAAUGUACUGGAGUAUUUAUUAAAAUGACAGAGAAAAGGUUGCACAAUAUUAAGCACCACUGCAGAGUAUCUGAAUGUGGGAAUGGUAGGUUAGGAAAAUGGUUCUACUGUACUUGGUUUGCUCUUGUGCUGGUGCUUCCACAGGUAACCCAAGACAACCAAUUGACUUCCUUAGAAAGCAUAACGUGUAAUAAUCGGACUUCACAGCAACGGCUGUUGUUAUCUGAUGUAAUGUUCGUAUAGUAUUAAUAACUCGUGUUCAUAUUGUUUUAACUUUGAUAUAAUAUAGUUGUUAUUUGAUCAUGUUAAAUAUGCAAAAUGUAGAGUAGCAAAAGAUUUUUAUAUUUUUCAUAACAUGUAAAAAAUGUGUGUUUUUCAUAAAAUAACAUUAAUUAUGUAAC